AUGGCGAGCAAACAGACCCGCCUGCGUGCAAUUGCGCUCUACAAAGAGCUCCACAGACUUGGCAGACAAUAUCCGGACCCGUCAUACAACUUCCACGGAAAGCUGCGCGGAUUGUACGAGAAGAAUAGAAACUUGAGCGAUCCGGAGGAGAUUGAGAAGGCUCUCAAGCUGGGUGAAUACAUUCGCAAUGAAACGCUCGCCCUCUACUCCCUCCGGAAAUAUCGACAUCUGAAAAGGAUGUAUCCUGAAGACUUGACAAUCGACAGGCGAUGA